CAUUAUCUAUGACCCAACGGGAAAGGUCAUAAACUUGUAUUACAAAAUACAAAUCUCUCAAUAAUUGAAUAAUUAUAAAUAGAGGAAAAUUUUGAAUUUUUAAGGAAAUGUUUUAUUCUUAUAUCUAUAUUGAAUUUUAUGAACUUAUAAAUUGAAUAUGAAAUUGGACGAGAAGGUAGUCCUCUGUUUUUUUAUAAUCGUUACUCUAACUGAUGUUACCAAUGCUAGAGAAGAAUGGAUAGAUCCCCACGACUUGAACAUAAAAAUUAAAUCUAGAUUAAAAACAGAUGACGAGGAUCGAAAAUUUUGUGAUUGUAAUAACAAAUUUUCUAAAGAUCAAAGCACUUCUCACUUGAAAAAACUUAUAACUAUGAUAACCAGUAUGACCCAUUUUGAUAGGAAUUCAGAUAUUUAUAAGGGUGUUAUUGAUAUUCAAUUAAAUAUAGAUGAUUAUGAUUUUUUAAGGAAUUUGGUAACUACCGAUCUACAUGAUGUUCAUGUUUUGAGCAAACUGAGCACAGUACUGGAUAAAUCACUUGUAAAGAGUAUUUAUAGUACAUACUUUUUUACAAUUGGGGAAUACUUAUAUUUGGCAUUAAAUGAUGGAAAUACACUUUUGUUGUUGGGAUUAAUAGUUUUGCUUUUUAUUUUAUGGCGAAUACAACCUCAAAACUAUGAAUUGAAAACAUUAAUGAAGCUCUUUUUUCCUCUGGUGUACUUUUCUGACUUUGUCUUGAGAUAUAAAGCCAAGCUAGAGAUAGUGGAAAUAGACAAAUUUAUUGAGUUUGAAAACUAUAAAGUUUGUGAUCCUGAUAAUUUAGGCUGGUUUGAUUGGAUAUACGAUAAAUUCACAGGAUAUUGCAAAGACAACAAAAGAGAUUAUCUUAUGUCUCAGCGCUCUUCGUUUCAUUUCUUCACUCCAUUGAGUGUCAUCAGUGACCAGUUUGAUGUUAUUAUAAAUGUCCUGAAACAUUUGGGCACUGGGUUUGGAUCUUUCAUGUGGUCGCUAAUGUCUGAAAUGCCAUGGUAUAUGAAACCUGUUGCUGGAAUAUUCAGUUUUGUCUUAGUGAUAAUCAUAUUGCUGAUGUUUGGUUCUUAUACCCUUGAUGUAUACCCAAAGUUCAAUCUUUUUCAUUUGUUUCACUUUGAAGUAAGUAAGAAACCUCACAUAGGAAAUAACCAAUCUCAACAAGAUUGCAUAUCUGGGGAGAAUUUAAAAACGUUGAUAGCUAAUAAUCGAGAUAGGCCAAUUACUAUAGUUACAGGACCCAUCGCACAAAAAAAGACUUCAGUUUGUAAAUUCAGAACAAAACCUAAAUUUAUACCAACAAAAAAGAUAUCCAAGGCUAUAGUUGCAAGCAAUGAUGAAAAACAUGACAUGAAAGAACAGAAAUAACUGCAUGACCACAUAUUUUACUUGAUUCAAGUAGAAUUUUUUCAGAAAUUCAGUUUGAAUCAGAAAAAUAUUAGCUAAUAAUUUAAUUAUAUUGUAAAUAACAGAAUACGCUUUAACAUUCCGUAUAGCAACUAAUUUAAUUUGGCUGUAAUUCUUAUCUUAAUUUUUUUUUAAAUUUUAUAUUUACCUUUAAUCUGAAUCAUUGAGAGAUUUGUUAUUGUUAUUCUGAAAGAUAUAAUGUGAUUAUAUUUAUAACUAUUUAAAUUCUGCUCAUAUAAGUUGCAAAUGUUGUAGAUUUUUAUUUUAUUUUUAUAAUUCUAAUAAAAUAAUUGUUAAAAUUGA